AUGCUCGUCACUCUUUGCACCAAGGAAUUUACCUCGUCAUUUCCCCGAUUUUACAGAAUGACAAUUUCAACUGCAUCCACACCUCCAAACAAGGCGCAACGCCAAGCGUUAGCGGAGGAAACCCGUAGGCUCACUCCGCAAAUCAUCAGAUCUGCAGAUGCAUCAACACAGGUCAUUUACUACCCAACGCAGCUACCACGGCGUGAUCCAAUUCCAAACGCGAGAGGGCCAAGAAUCACCGUCCAGAAUAGCGAUAGCUUUACGGCCGCCAGAGCCAUCCUGGACACUAAUCCCACUGCCAAGAUUGGGGUCUUGAAUAUGGCUAGCGAGAAGCACCCUGGAGGAGGAUGGCUUCGGGGGGCAUUAGCACAGGAAGAGGCGCUAUGCUUCCGAAGCACACUGGCUGCGACACUACAUAAGCGAUUCUAUCCUCUCCCGGUGCUUGGUGCAGUCUGGUCUCCGAAUGUAGUUGUCUUCAGAGACGAAGUGGCCACAGACGCCCGAAUUUACGAGCCCGCAGAAAUGUUCACUGUGGGUGUUGUCAGCUUAGCAGCAAUGAGGCGACCUCUCUUGACACCAGAUAAGCGCAAUUUUGCGCGUCCACAAGACAUUCGUACAGUCAGGGACAAAAUGAGACAGACUUUACGUGUCCUCGCAGUGAACAAUGUCACCCAUUGCGUACUUGGCGCAAUGGGGUGUGGCGCAUUUCAGAACCCUCCAUUACAGGUCGCAUUGCUUUUCCGUGAUGUCUUGGAGGAAGAAGAAUUCAUGGGCGUGUUUGAAGAAAUAACCUUUGCGGUUUUAGAUUCUAGGGGCGAAGGAAAUUAUGCCAUAUUUAGAGAUACCCUGCAGAGUCGUUCGUGA